AUGGAAGCCAAAGAGACAAUUCACCCACCCACCCCCUCAGGCCAGAGGCCUUCCAGGUUGGCAGAGGUGGCUUUCGAAAACAACGGGAAAAAUCCAGUGAGCGUGCUGGGGACCACGCCGUGUUGGCGGACGGGCGACUUUGUGGUGACGGUGGAGUGCGGCCCCUGCACGAGCUUUCAGGCGAAAACAAUGCCAGAAUGCAGCGUGACUGGCUUUGUGGAGCAGAUUAACUGCAGCGCUUCCAAGAAAGGCGAAUUCAAGAGCUGCCGUUCCGCGGACAUGGAAGCCCGGCUCUUCUGGAAGUUCGAGGGGGCGAUGCUGGGGGCGGCAGCCCUCUUCGCCCUGCUGGUGGUCUGCCGCCAGCGGGUCCUCGACCGCAAGGCCCUGGAAAAAGUGCGCAAACAGAUUGAAUCCAUCUGAGCGGCCGGACGCUCCUGCCCGCGCGGGAAACCCAGCGGAAGCGGCGACGGGACUCUAACGGAAAAAGGCAGGCGGGGAUCCCGUCCGUCUCCCAGACGCUUUGCCCCUCUCUGGCCAGCGAGGAGCCCUGCUCCAUCCGAGACGGCGCAAGGCCGCGCUCGGAUCGGGACUGUGGUAGUUAAGCCGUGGCAAACCCUUAUUCAGUGUUUCUCUCGGCGGUCAGACUGAGAACUGCAUCCGUUCGUCAUUUUUCCCUCUCCGGACAGUGUUAUCUGUUCCCUCUUGGCCCCGCGCUGGUUUGCCCCCCCCCUCGGUCUUGUCAGGAUGAGGCCCCGAUGGGCACCCGGGGACAGGAAGGAGGCCCCUUUUCCAGCCUCGGUCCGGCACCCCCUAAACCCAGCGACCUUUCUCACGGCUCUGUACGAAUCUUGAAUUUGAUUAAAAGCGUUCCAGUGGAAGAUACCGUGGCUUUCUGGAA